CCAACCAGAAGAAAACGGAAAAAUAAAAAAAAAAAAGGAAGAAAAUUUCCACGUUUAUAUAUAACCAUCAUCACCUGUGAAGAAGAAGAAGAACUAUUUCCCUCAAUAUAUAAAAAUGUUGUUAAGUCGCAAUAAAUUUACCGUUCAAAAGUCAUUUUCAUUGCAUAGAAACGGGACCGCAACGUUAAAUGUAUUAUUGUCAUUAUUUGUUAAUUUACGGCAAAAUUUCUUAUUAUUAUCGAUCGUAUUAAGCAUAUUGCUUGGCUUCAUCACCGAGAAUUCACAGACCGGACUAUUGGUUGCUGCCGGUCAAUCUGGCAUUUAUAUCGAUAAUGGUAUCGAUCAGACAGUCAUGCAACAUAUGCUGAACGAGGAUGAAAAACUUCAAGCAUCUUUAGAUAUAUUGGAAUUUUUAGGUUUAUCGGAGCGUCCGCGUAAGAAGCAUGGUCAUCUAUCGUUGCGUAAAUCGGCACCACAGUAUCUGCUGGAUGUAUAUCAUCGGCUUAAGGAGGAGGAAAAUGAUGAUUUAAUAGCAUCAGUGCGAUCGAAACGUGAUCUGCAGGAAGAAGAGAACUUUAUCACAGAUCUCGAUAAGAAAGCCAUCGAACAAAAUGAUAUAAUUAUGACGUUUUUAAAUAAAAACCACCAUGUCGAUGAGGUGCGUCAUGAACAUGGUCGGCGAUUGUGGUUUGAUGUUGCUGACGUACCUAAUGAUAAUUAUUUAACGAUGGCUGAAUUGCGUAUGUAUCAGAAUCCUAUGCAUGGUAAAUGGUUGACGACAGACAAAAAAUUCACCCUAACGGUGUACACAAUUGUUAAACACAAUGGUCACGGACGUCGCUUGCAGCCGCUCUCUCAAUUGAAUACCACAGCCGAUUAUCAAGGCUGGUUAGAAUUCAAUGUCACCGAAGCUUUGGAUACAUGGCUUCUACGUCCCAAAGAGAAUAGUGGUUUUUAUAUAGGAGCCCAUGAGAUUAAUAAGCCGGAAAGAGAAAUUAAACUUGACGAUAUCGGUCUAAUUCAUUCCAAAAGCGAAGAUGAAUAUCAACCGUUUAUGAUUGGCUUCUUCAAAGGUCCCGAUUUAAUCAAAAGUACUCAGCGUCAUAGUCGCCGAAAGCGUAAUGUGCAUUCACGUCGCCGUAAAAAAUCUGACAUGGUUAAUCCAUUGUUCGACGGGCCUAGCGAUAGCAUACGCAGUUGCCAAAUGCAAACUCUUUAUAUUAAUUUUAGAGAUUUAGGUUGGCAUGAUUGGAUUAUAGCACCCGAUGGCUAUGGCGCCUUCUAUUGCAGCGGUGAAUGCAAUUUCCCAUUAAAUGCCCACAUGAAUGCGACAAAUCAUGCGAUUGUGCAAACAUUGGUUCAUUUACUUGAACCGAAAAAAGUACCCAAGCCAUGUUGUGCUCCAACGCGUUUAGGUGCACUACCCGUUCUCUAUCAUCUAAAUGAGGAAAAUGUUAAUUUAAAAAAAUAUAAAAAUAUGAUCGUCAAAAGUUGUGGUUGCCAUUAAGUGAAAAGUAUUUUUAACUAACCAACACAGUAUCUACAUACAUACAUACAUACAUACAUAUUAUAUAUAUAUAUAUAUAUAUAUGCAUUACAUUAUUUAGAGAAUUUACAUGCAUUUGCAUGUAAUUGAAGCUUAUACGAAUAUUCUCUUAUGCUAUAUUAGUGUAUGUGUGAUGUAAUUUAAUUCGA